GCCAUUUUACCGAUCAUAAGACUUUGAUCCCGACUGGUCAUAAUGAAAUAAUCGUCUGUAUCACUUGUAUUCCUGAUUAACUGAUUACAUGAGGCAUACGGAAUCUUUUGCACAGUGAACUGUGGAAGGAUGUUCAUACACUUGUAUGAAGAACUGUGAGUGAAUUGCAGGACAGCAAUGGGCAAACGGAAGGUGCCAGAUCUCUACAGAGCCCCUUUUCCCUUGUAUGCCAUAAAAGUUGACCCUAAAGCAGGGUUAGUGGUCUUAGCCGGAGGAGGAGGGUCUUCGAAUACUGGCAUCAAGAAUGGUGUGCACUUCCUGGAGCUACAGUUGGUUGGGGAAAACCAGUACAGUGCCAGCCUGCUUCAUUCACACGACACUGACACACGUGCCACCAUGAAUUUGGCAUUAGGCGAGAGUGUGAUUGCUGCAGGUCAAGAUGGAACAUGCUCUUUGAUGACAUUUGAAGACUGCACACAGAAAAGUGGAGGCAAGGCUGCUGCAAAUGAUGAAAACAAUGUGCAAAAAGGUAAUGCCAGGCAGCGAGGUGGGAAAAGAAACAAAGGUAAAGGUGGAAAGGAUGAUUCCGCUCUCUCUGGGUCUGAUACGAAGGAUGAGACGGCACACAUCUCUGUGACGGGACUGGCUGAACUGCAGUCAGAUCUCAACCCUUUGGACCCACUCCAAAAAGUGGUCAGAUUUAGUCAUGACCUGAGCCUACUCCUGACAGGAGGCACAGACGGACACAUCAGAGUCUGGGAGUUUCCAUCCCUGAAGAAAAGGCUUGACUUCAAAGCACAUGAAGGAGAGAUUGAAGACCUGGAUCUGAGCCCAGGAAACAAGCACCUGGUUACUGUUGGCAGGGACUUUUCUUGCAGUGUAUGGCACCACAACCAACAAGUUAUGGGUCUUAAAUGGCAUGAAACCAUGCCUCAGAUAGCUGAAAAAACAUAUCGGUAUAUGGCUUGCAGAUUUGGAAAGGUAGAAGACCAAAAAGAUGCACUGAGGCUUUACACAGUUCAGAUCCCUCAUAAACGAGACCGAAAACCUCCACCUUGUUACCUCACCAAGUGGGACGGCAAGAGCUUCCUACCCAUGUUGACAGCUCCCUGUGGGGCAGAGGUCAUCUCAAGCCUUGCUGUCAGUGACUCUGGAACAUUUCUUGGACUGGGAACUGUAACAGGAUCAGUAGCUAUCUACAUUGCUUUCUCCCUUCAGAGGCUGUAUUACGUGAAGGAGUCUCAUGGCAUUGUUGUGACAGACGUGGCUUUCCUUCCUGAUACAUUCAAAGGCCAAAAUAUCAUAGGAAACAAUGAAACAGCCAUGUUUAGCGUGGCUGUCGACAGUCGCUGUCAAAUACAUGCUGUCCACAACCGAAGAACAUUUCCCUUCUGGCUGGUGCUGUUCUUCUGUGGCCUUGUGGUGGUGGGAAUUGUGCUGCUCCUCCAGUAUCUCUUCCCAGGCUUUCUUUGAAUUUCGGCAUUCUAACAAAUUAUCCAUUGAGGUUGGACACAUCUUUUGCAGUCUUCAGUCCAUCCAACACAUCCAAACCCACCAUUGCGGCACCACUGACCUUAAACUGUUUUUAUGGUGCCCUAACAUGUUUCCCUAUGCACCUUACUCAGGGUUGUUCAUCUCAGAUGUUAGCACAACAUGGAUGACCAAAAUGGGAUUUUAAUUCUGUUGAUUUGUAUCAGUGAACACAUUUCUUGGGAAUUAUGUUGAAUGUUCAAAGUUUGGGAACCCCUUGAAAAAAUAUUUAAGGAUCAGUGUAACUGUAUGAAUGAUUGACAUAGACGGUGAUGUCUUGAGAUACAAGUGACCCGACAUCAUUCGGACAAUUUUUUGCCAUCACUUGGAAGCACGAGCGCUGUCUGGUGGCAAUGAACUCAGUCGAGCUUACGUCACACUCUGAAUUGUAGCUUGGUAAAUUGUGUGCAAUUCAUCCCAAAGGAGGCUUCAAGCUGUUAAAGCUCUGAGGAUAAAGAUGUUUAAAAUGUUCUUGAUAACUCUAGAACCCCUUUACAAACCACAUCUUGCAUUUCAAAGUGAUUAUAUAGCAGAUACACAGUAAACAGCAGUUAAAUCGAUGAAUGUGAUUCCGAUGGCGCCUUUUGCUUUUUGCAUCUAGCACCUUCCGGUCUUCGGCUCCAUCUGGUGCUGUGACGCUACACCAGCCAAACAGCCUGUUCAUUCGGCGUUGUGUGCUAUUGUUCCAUGCUGUUGUUCCCGUCCUUGUAUAUUUGUUGUCAUAUGAUUUAGGGAUUUCACGAUGGUUUAUUGCGUGGCAUUUGGUUGUACAAAUGGUUCAGGCGGUAGCAAGAGUUUCUUUUGGCUGUCCAAGUGAAACAAGAAUAAAUGGAUAGGAAAAGUCAAUUGACAGGGGAAGAAAAGUGCUCAGCUUUGGGUGCCUAGCAAGCAUUCCAAACUCUGUGCUGAUCACUUCGAACCGGCAUGUUUUUAGAAAGACUUGGCAGAAAGCAUUGGAUGCACGGAUGUAGUUAGGCGGAGGCUGAAACCAGCUGCGCGGUCGGUGCCAACUAUUUUUCCUACGGCCAUCGGGACCAGUGUGGCCACAGUUACCUUGAAAAAGUAACCUAGUUACUGUACGGAUUACUUGAUUGUAAAAGUAACUUAGUUACGUCACUGAUUAUUUGGUUUUAAAAGUAACUCAAUUCGAAAAAAGUAACAUUUUUGUUACAUUCAGCAGCAGCGGCCGACUACGCUGCAUGAACAUAAAAAUGACAAUCUUUUUUGGCAAUACUUUAUUGGAAAUGCAUUUUUAACACUAACGUUCAAUAAUCAUAUUUUUAUGAAAACUAAAAUGAUUUGACUUCCUUUACAUAAAUACUUUUUAAUAAAAAAAUAAACUAAAACAGUCUUUUCUUGAUUUAACUUAACAUAAAUAGGCUACUUGUUUUUAUGAAAAAUAAAGACGGUCUUUCUAGACUUCACUUAACAUAAAUAAAAUAGACUUUUGACUUCUUACAUAAAUACUUUUUUUAAAUUAAAAACAAACUAAAACAACCCCUGACUUAACAUAAAUAGGCGACUUGUUUGUAUGAAAAAUAAAGACAUAAAUAAUUAAAAUCAAAGGUACAUAAAUAAAACAUAAAAUAUAUACUUACAUGAUUGUUUUUAUAUGAAUGCAGAAUCUGAAAUGACUUCCUUUUCUGCAGAGCAGGUCUCGUCUGGCUUUUCCUCAAAAGUGCAAAGGUCCGUCUCACCUCGGGUGGUGGAUGAGGUGGGCACACUGGCAGGGCACUGUGCUGCAGGAGCAGUUAAUGCGGCGCUCUGCUAUCAGAAGCUCCUUUACUCGUUUCCCUGCUACCUUCGUCUCUCAGCCAUCAGAGUUUGAAUUUUGGACAACUGACAGUUGCGAGAAGGGCAAAACCAGUCUGGAUAGCCUGAAAUAUAUAAUUGAUAUGCCUACUAUUUAUUAUGUUAGUGAAUUACUUGCAAGCUAUGCCACGUGGGAUCAAUAUGAAGGAUUUCACGUUGUAUUUGUUUCAAUCUUAUUUUUGAAAAAAUAGUGAAUAUUAUGUUCUAUGUUCAUGAUUAAUGAUGCAAGACUUUUCAAGUACCUUAAAGAUGGAACAUACCUGCACUAUGGCAUCUGGAAGGCCAUCAGUCAUCCUGGAGAGGGCAUCUUCCACAGCGAGUGUCUUCUGCAUCAGAACUUCAAGUGCGGGUAAUAAAGUCCCAUCAGGAGAGUCACCUACAAUACUCGUGCAGGAACUGUUACUCUUUGUCUUUGAAGCACUUAACGCCCAGCUUGGUGCAGAGACUAUUAGCUCAUUAAUGGAUAUUUCUGCAAUUCUCCUUACAGCAUCAAAAAAAGCAAUUCCACCUUGUCAAUGUUGGUACCAGGAGCUUUCUUUUGCUGACUUCCUCCGCUGUUUCUGGUCCAAAGAGCUGUACAUUUUGCUAUGCUGCUCCUGCUCUCUGCACUGGUGGUCAAAUAUUUCCCCACAUCACUGGUGGAAAUAAUGUUUAUGGUGUGUGAAGCACACCUGUGGUGCGGGGGAAGCGACAGUUGGCCAUCACCUUCAUUUUCAGCUUGAGAGGAUUUCUGACAUCUCUCUGAAUAUGUGAUAUCAUCAUCAUCCGCCCGCGACUCCGUCUCAUCAUCGGACUCUGUGACAGGCUAUAACAACGCCUUGCCAAAGUGUGAUCCAUUAUCGGUCACUGUUGCAACUACUUUGUUGAGUAGUCCAUACGAUGAGUGAAUGUUUUCGAUUUCUGCACCAAUAACUUACGUGUCUACCGCUAAUUCUUGUCGAUUAUGGCACGAAACGAGGGUGAAUCAACCGUGUUUAAGGGCAGCAUUUCUUCUACCACAAACCGCCCAACCAACCUCUUCAACUCUUCCCCGCUUACUGUUUUUGUUGCACCGAAGUCCAGCAUUUGCUGUUUCAGAGGUGGACAUCCAGCAUUAGUAGCUGCGGUCAGCUGCUUCUUACAACCUGGUUGGAGUUUCAAUGUACUGUGCUGCGACUCCAAAUGUGUUUUUAAAUUAGACGUAGUGUUCUUAUAGCUUGACAAUACUUGGUUGCCAGGACAUAUUUUUAAUAUUGUCCUCUUUAACUGACAGAAACUCGACAUUGUGAUUAUGCAACCCCAAUUCCAACAAAGUUGGGAGGUUGUGUUAAACAUAAAUAAAAACAGAAUACAAUGAUUUGCAAAUGAUGUUCACGCUAUAUUUAAUUGAAUACACUACAAAGACAAGAUAUUUAAUGUUUGAACUGAUAAACUUGAUUGUUUUUAGCAAAUAAUCAUUAACUUUAUGGCUGCAACACGUUCCAAAAAAGCUGGGACAGGGUCAUGUUUACCACUGUUACAUCACCUUUUAACAACAUUCAAUAAACGUUUGGGAACUGAGGACACGAAUUGUUGAAGCUUUGUAGGUAGAAUUCUUUCCCAAUUCUUGCUUGACGUGCAUCUUCAGCUGUUCAACAGUCCGGGUCUCCGUUGUCGUAUUUUACGCUUCAUAAUGCGCCACACAUUUUCAAUGGGAGACGGGUCUGGACUGCAAGCAGGCCAGUCAAGUAUCAGCACUCUUUUACUACGAAGCCACGCUGUUGUAACACGUACAGAAUGUGGUUUUGCAUUGUCUUGUUGAAAUAAGCAGGGGCGUCCAUGAAAAAUACGUUGCUUGGAUGGCAGCAUAUGUUUCUCCAAAACCUCUUAUGUACCUUUCAGCAUUAAUGGUCCCUUCACAGAUGUGUUAGUUACCCAUGCCAUUGGCACUAACACAGCCCCAUACCAUCACAGAUAACACUCCGGAUGUUUUUUUCCUCUUUGGCCCGCAGGACACGACUUCCAGAAUUUCCAAAAACAAUUUGAAAUGUGGACUCGUCGGACCACAAAACACUUUUCCACUUUGCAUCAGCCCAUCUUAGAUGAGCUCUGGCCCAGAGAAGCCGGCGGCGUUUCUGGGUGUUGUUAAUAAAUGGCUUUUGCUUUGCAUAGUAGAGUUUCAAGUUGCACUUACGGAUGUAGCGCCGUACUGUAUUUACUGACAUUGCUUUUCGGAAGGUUUCCUGAGCCCAUGUGGUGAUAUCUUUUACACAUUGAAGUCGGUUUUUGAUGCAGUGCCGCCUGAGGGAUCGAAGGUCACAGGCAUUCAAUGUUGCUCUUCGGCCUUGCCGCUUAUAUGCAGUGAUUUCUCCAGAUUCUCUGAACCUUUUGGUGAUGAUAUGGACCGUAGAUGAUGAAAUCCCUAAAUUCCUUGCAAUUGUACCUUGAGGAACAUCGUCCUUAAACUGUUCAACUAUUCUCUCACGCACUUGUUCACAAAGAAGUGAACCUUGCCCCAUCUUUGCUUGUGAAUGACUUCAGGGAAGCUCCUUUUAUACCCAAUCAUGGCACCCACCUGUUCCCAAUUAGCCUGUUCACCUGUGGGAUGUUCCAAGCAGGUGUUUGAUGAGCAUUCCUCAACUUUCUCAGUCUUUUUUGGAACGCAUUACAGCCAUAAAAUUCUACGUUAAUGAUUAUUUGCUAAAAACAAUAAAGUUUACCAGUCUGAACAUUAAAUAGCUUGUCUUUGUAGUGUAUUCAAUGAAAUAUAGGUUGAACAUGAUUUGCCAAUCAUUGUAUUCUGUUUUUAUUUAUGUUUAACACGACGUCCCAACUUCAUUGGAAUUGGGGUUGUAGUUCCACCUUGUGUAUGCCAAACUCUCGCCCCCACCCUCCCAUUUUGUUUGCGCCUCUGGCUGUUUGGGUACACGUGAGUUGAUUAUGUGCCCAAUGUCAGAUGACAUCACUCUCCCAGAGGGCCACGUUUAUAAAUAUUUUGCCUUUUUUUCGAUAUUGUAAUUAUUUGUCGUGUGCAUUUUAGUUAGGAAUCGUUAAGAAUAUAGUGUGUUUCCUUUGUGUAAUUGGUCAUUACUAAAAGAGAGGCUAAAAUCGGUCUACACUUAUGACAUGCACCGUGACUGAAUCAAGUGUCUUGGUUAUUGACUUUCCUCAUAUUCCAUCACACUGUGGUUUGUCUGUAGACGUUUUAGUUGUAAUAGGAUGUGUUAAAAUCCAAAGCAUUUCGAAAUCUGAAUCUUUAAGCAAAAAAGUAACCUUUUUUGGCCAAAAAAAGUAACUGUCAUCUGACUACUCGUCUAAAAAGUAACGUGUCAACUUACUUAUGACGUCAUCGGGCCGCAUUUUUUGAGUAACGCGCCGGCAUCACUGAAUCGGGACCUCAAACACCAGCAAGAGAACUAAAUCUCGCAGCCGCCAAGGUGAAGCGGCGCAGACAAGAGGUGAGGAUUUCCUUGUAUAUACGUACGACUCCAUUAUGGUUGUUAUGCUCUGGGCAGUAGGAAAAAGGCCCACAGUACUUUUCAGUGCUGUCGUCUGUACUUUUGCCUAUAUUACAAGCCAACAGACACGGCAAAGACUUUGUGUGUUAUAAAGCUACUCGAGCGAGGAGUGCACAAUAUGCAGUGGGGGCAAAAAAAGUAUUUCGUCAGCCACCAGGUGUGCAAGUUCUCCCACUUUAAAAGAUGAGGGAGGCCUGUAAUUUUCAUCGUAGGUAAACCGCACGUAUGACAGACAACAUAGAGAAAAGAAAUCCAGAAUAUCACAUUGGCUGAUUUUUUUAAAGAAUUUAUUUGCAAAUUGUGGUGGAAAAUAAGUAUUUGGUCAAUAACAAAAGUUCAUCUCAACACUUUAUUUACCCUUUGUUGGCAAAUGACAGAGGUCAAACGUUUCAUGUAAGUCUUCACAAGGUUUUCACGCGCUGUUGCUAGGUAUUUUGGCCCCAUUCCUCCAUGCAUAGCUCCACUCGAGCAGUGAUGUUUUGGGGCUGUCGCUGGGCAACACAAGACUUUCAACUCCCUCCAAAGAUUUUCUAUGGCGUUGAAACCUGGACACUGGCUAGGCCUUGAAAUGCUUCUUACGAAGCCACUGCUUCCUUGCCCGGCCGGUUGGGAUGUUUGGGAUCAUUGUCAUGCUGAAAGACCCAGCCACGUUUCAUCUUCAAUGCCCUUGCUGAUGGAAGGAGGUUUUCACUCAAAAUCUCACGAUACAUGGCCCCAUUCAUUCUUUCCUUUACACUGAUCAGUCGUCCUGGUCCCUCUGCAGAAAAAGCAGCCCCAAAGCAUGAUGUUUCUACCCCCAUGCUUCACAGUAGGUGUGGCGUUCUUUGGAUACAACUCGGCAUUCUUUCUCCUCCUAACACAAGUUUUUACCAAAAAAGUUUAUAUUUUGGUUUCAUAUGACAUUCUCCCAACCCUCUUCUGGAUCAUCCAAAUGCUCUCUGGCAAGCUUCAGACGGGCCUGGACGUGUACUGGCUUAAGCAGGGGAACAUGUCUGGCACUGCAGGAUUUGAGUCCCCUGGCGGCGUCGUGUCUGUUACUCUGGUCCCAGCUCUCUGCAGGUCAUUCACUAGGUCCCCCCAGAACCAUUCUUGAGAUAAUUUUGACGCCAUGGGGUGAGAUCUUGCGUGGAGCCACAGAUGGAGGGAGAUUAUCAAUGGUCUUGUAUGUCUUCCAUUUUCUAAUAAUUGUUCCCGCAGUUGAUUUCUUCACACCAAGCUGCUUACCUAUUGCAGAUUCAGUCUACCCAGCCUGGCGCAAGUCUACAAUUUUGUUUCUGGUGUCCUUUGACAGAUCUUUGGUCUUGACCAUAGUGGAGUUUGGCGUGUGAUUGUUUGAGAUUGUGGACAGGUGCCUCUCAUCUUUUUUUUUUUUUUAGUGGGAGAACUUGCACGAUGGGUGGCUGACUAAAUACUUUUUUGCCCCACUGUGUAGGAAUACUGCAUACUGUGUAAAAGCUUGUGCCGUGUCACAGAAACAUAUAUGCAUAUGUAAUGCAUAUAGUUGUGCUAAAAAAUAUUGGCACCCCCGGGGUGCCAUUAUUUCUAGCCAUGACUGUAUAAAGAGACACUCCACCCCCCCCCCCCCCCCCCCCCCCCCCCUCAACUGUCUGACCCCAUGAGCAUGACUGUUAUAUUUUAUUCAUGACUCUUUUUGUAUCGGCAAGGGAGGAUGCUGGAGCAAGUAAAUUAUGGAUUUAUGGGAUGCGCAAACAUACCAGUCUACGGUUCAAAUUCAGUUGGGUGCUCCUGUAUGUCGAAAUCCUCCUCCUCAUAUUCCAACAUGUUGCUCGCCGUUGCAUAUAGAUUGUAGCGUGCCAUGUUUGGCAAUUGCAACGUCGCUUCCGGGAGCCUUCGCGGUGGCUAGAGUAACUACAGCUUUGCGUAUGUUCGGGGAGCGCUCAAUCCGUGUCAUAAAAACCUAGUUUUUAGCUAAACUAGAGUUGACAACUUGCUGAGGCCAUUGGGAUGCUAACAGUUAGCAUUGAUAGUCAUAUUUUAGGACUUGAGAAAUGGUUACUUGAACACAAAUGGUGGAGCAACACAUGUAGACAGAUAUUAACAGGCAUAUAUUCUUUAUUCUCUACGAUAAAAAUACUAAUGAUAGAGCAUCUCACUGAGUCAUUUAAAGUAGAAGUACUAUUAUGAGUUUGUCUGGAUGACUAUUAUGCUGCCUCCUUGUGGCACACCACAAGGAGCAGCACAAUGAAAUGAAAUGCAGCAUUAAGUCAUGAUGCACAGUUUAAUUCUUUAUUUUCCUAUUUAUUACACUGUUUAUAUACAGUACAAUCUGAUAGAUUGCUAUUUUUAUUAUGAAAAAAAAAUAAAUAAAAAUGGGGGAUUUUUUUGGGCAGGAGGCUGGAACUGAUUUAAUGGCAUAUCCAUUAAUUUCAAUGAUUUGAGCGUGGUCACAGAAUGAUUUCAACUUGUAUCUCAAGGCACCGCUGACCAUUAUAUAUAUAUGUGUGUGUGUGUGAUUUAGUUCUUGUUCACUCAAGAGACCGUCAUUUAUAUUUCUGUACACUAGUGGGCAGCAUAGUCAUUUUACAGCCGUCUUGUCAAGGGCUGGUUGCUCAUCUAUUUGGAAGUGUCCUUUUCCACAAUAUACAACUGUAUUGGAUUGGUGAAUUUGGAAAAAGAGAGAAAAUACAGCUGUACGUUUUAUUCACUGUACUAGUAUUCAGGGUUGCACAGCGUCGAAUCUUUCUACAUUUUUGCUCUGUUCCAAAUAUUGUCAUCAAUUGAACAUUAUUUAAUAUUUUAAAACAAAUUUUAGAUGUUUGUCGUUGCUAGAAUUAUUAAACCUAUCAUGUUAUAAUGGAUUUCAAACAUCCCAACUGUUAAAACAUGGACAAAUCCAUCCAUCCAUCCAUCCAUCCAUCCAUCCAUCCAUUUUCUGAGCCGCUUCUCCUCACUAGGGUCGCGGCCGUGCUGGAGCCUAUCCCAGCUAUCAUCGGGCAGGGGGCGGGGGUACACCCUGAACUGGUUGCCAGCCAAUCGCAGACAUGUACAAAUGUGAAUACAAUUUUAAAUGAAGCCAAAUGCUAUCUUUUUUGAAAGAGGAUAGCUAUUAGCAGCGGGAAAAUGUAUGCGUACACGACCGACUAAAGGAAGUCAGCGUUUUUUAAUGCACUGGUCUUCCAGUGCAAUACAGUAUGGUAGAUCUGAAUCCCAUGAAGGAGCUUUUAAGUAAGCUCGAACUGAAAACAACAGAGAAAUAUAAGAUUUGACCGUUGCCCAAUGAAAAAAAAUGUAAGACUUGACCUUUAACCUGCAUUUUAUGUGAUACCAUCUAUAAACAGUUGGGCUUCCCUGGAGCCAUUAAUGUUACAAAGGUUGGUCUGUUAUGAUCAAAGUUUUGUCAAUGUUCUGAAGAGUCGAGCUCUUCAUACGUAAAAAAACGAUUCUGUAAAGUGUGUAUAUGUGUAUUUUUUUUAUUUUAUUUAUUUCUCUCUAAAAAUGGUUGGUCUCUUAUGUUGAAAGGAUUAAAAAAAAAGUGACUGCAGAA